UACCAAGUACAAACAAAAAAAAAAAAAAAAAAAAAUACUCAUAUCCAACCCACAUGAUAACACAUAGUCAGUUAGUGAACCAAAUUAAAAUCAAGACUCUAGAUAGUGUCAUUGCUAUCGUAACGCUUCCCGAGAACACCAAGAUAUUCGGAAACACACUAUAUACGAAGGAAACAAUCGACGACGUGUGUGAAAUAACUGACAAAAAAAAAAUUGCAAAUUCUUCUAAUUACAAAAACUGAAAAACACAAAAAAAUGUCUAAAACGUAAACAAAAAAAAAAAUAUUUGAAUAAAAAUUUUAAAGACAACUCUGAUAGAGUGAUUUUUUUUUGUAACUCUUCUUGUUGUGUGGGACAAAAUUAAAAAAAGUUCUUUGAAAUAUUUUGGGCGGCAAAAAGUAUAUAUUUUUUUUUUGUUAUUUUGAUUUUGUGCGCUGCGUUGUUUUUUUGAAAUUUUUGAAAAACUGUUGAGAUGAAGCUGAAAACUUACCAUAGUAAAAGCUGGAUUUUUGUGAAAAAAGAUGUAAUUUGUUAUUUGGGAUUAUUAGUGUUUUUGGAUAUAACUUUGGCUAAUGCAAACAUAUCAAGUCACAUAGCAAAGUGCUGUACAGCCGGCACCAAUUAUGCCAAAAAACUUGGCCACUGCAAUGAUCAGGACUACGAAGUUACAACAAUACCACCCCUGUGGCGGGGUCUAUGCCUAUCAGCCCUUGGACUUUGUUGUUCUCGCGAAGAGGAGCACUUACAUUGCAUAGCUGGUCGUGAAGCGGCCAAUAUGGGAUCAAAAUGUGAUGGCGAUGGCAAAUAUAAUACAGCUGCAUACACGUCCUGUUGUAAAUCAUGCCAGAUAGGGCUUGCUGUAUCAGCUGGUGGUAAUAAUUGCAGUGAUACUAUUACCGAUUUCUUUGCCAAAGACGAAUCCUAUACAAUAUGUUGUAAUCAUGCUCGUUCUGUUGCUGUUGCAGAAAUUGAGGCCGAAGCAGAUGAAGAGGGUACACUUGUGCUAGCAAAUGAUGAAGAUAUAUGUGAAAAAUUUGGGGUAGGAAAACUUUGUGAGCAAAUUUGUGAGAAUACCAAAUCUUCUUAUGUUUGUAAAUGCAACAAGGGCUAUCAAUUAAAUGAAAACCGUGUGACUUGCUCUAAAAUACCAACGGUUGAUGAGUACGAUACCGAUGAUGAUGAUGAUCUCUUGGAAGAGGAAGAACCGGAAACACCCUCAAAGUGCCUACGAGGAUUUGAAAAGGACAAAAUAACUGGAGAAUGCAAGGAUAUUGAUGAAUGUGCUAAAGGAACAACUAGCUGUUUGGAUCAUGAGUAUUGUUCAAACACUCCUGGCAGCUACAAGUGUAUAUUUGUUAAGACAUCACAUUGUCAACGAGGAUAUCGUUUUAAUACAAAUACAGAAGAAUGUGAUGAUAUUAACGAAUGUCUUGAAGAAACACAUAACUGCAAGAAAGCUGAUGAGACAUGUUUCAAUACACGUGGUAGUUACACAUGUGAAAGCAGAUUUUUGAAAAAGUGUGAAGAUGGUUUUAUAUUUUCUGCUGAAACAGGAAAGUGUGAAGACUAUGGACUUACUGAAGACAAUUUAGGACGAACCGAUUCAAAUGGAAAAGCUGAAAAAUGUGCUUCUGGAUUUCGUUUGAAACAUGGCAAAUGCAUUGACAUUGAUGAAUGUUUGACAGAUAAAAACGCAUGUGAUAGCAAUCAAAUAUGCACCAAUGAUAUAGGCGGCUAUCGAUGCGAUUGUAAAAUAGGCUUCAACAUGGACACAACAAUGAAUGCUUGCGUUGAUGUAAACGAAUGUGUAAUUAAUAAUCAUAAAUGCUUGCCAACCCAGCGGUGCGAUAAUAGCAUAGGAUCAUAUCAUUGUGUUAGACUGCAAAGCUGCGGUACCGGUUAUACUUUGAAUUCAGAGUUGGGCAUUUGCGAAGACGACGAUGAGUGUAAGUUGAGAAUUGACACAUGUACAGCUGGAUUUGAGUGCCGAAAUACAAAGGGCUCUUUUCGUUGUGACCGUAAACGUACAACAACAACAACAACUACAACUCUUGCCACGACCACAACAACAACUCCAGUACCAACAACUUCCACAAUACCAAAUGGAUUCGUUGACCAGAGCCAGGGGCAGGGUCAAAGUUAUAACUAUCCAACGUAUGUUUCAUCCCAAACUUAUAGUCAGCUUCAAAGAUCCAUUCCAAAUUAUCGCCCGAAAAAGUAUUCAGGUGGCACAGAUUUGCCAUGUGGACUGGGUUUUCAUAGGAAUCAUGUGGGAGCUUGUGUUGACAUCAACGAAUGCCAAAUACCAUCCACAUGUGGAACCCAUCAGCGGUGUUUGAAUACUAAUGGUUCGUACCGAUGUGAGAAUCGUUUAAAAUGCCGAGGAGGCUUUAAAUCAUCACCAGAUGGAACCGCUUGUGUUGAUAUUGACGAAUGCUCAACAGGCGAACACAACUGUGUCAACAAUCAAAAUUGUAUUAAUCGCUCUGGUGGCUUUAUAUGCACUUGUCCUGCCGGCCACAAGCUAGACUCCAAUAAUCGUUGUGUUGACGUCAACGAAUGCGAACAAGAUAAGCCUCCAGUUUGUCCGAUGACGUCAACAUGCUUAAACACUAUUGGAUCGUUCUACUGCGAAUGCAAGAACGGCUUCAAAAAAAAUCACGCCAAUUGUAUUGACGUAGACGAAUGCCAAGAGAUACCCGGCUUGUGUCAGCAAAAAUGCUUAAAUUUCUGGGGUGGCUAUCGCUGUACAUGCAAUCCUGGCUACGAUUUGAGCGUUGAUAAUCGAACUUGUAGUGACAUUGAUGAGUGUGAAGUGCACAAGUCUUAUGCUCUGUGCAUGGGAAUUUGUGUAAAUGUACCUGGCUCAUACAUUUGUAGCUGUCCAAGGGGCUAUCAAUUGUCACAGGACAAUCGAUCUUGUGUAGAUAUAAAUGAGUGCGAAACCGGAAAUUAUUGCACAGGACGUCAUGAUAUUUGUACGAAUAUUCGAGGAAGUUACCGAUGUACAACGAUUCGUUGUCCUUAUGGUUAUGUCAAUGAUGCCGAACAAAAAAAUCGAUGUCGUUUAGCUAAUAAUAUUUGCGAAGGUGAUGAAUGCUUUAAUAAGCCCUCAUCGUACAGUUACAAUUUUAUUACUCUUGUUUCGAAAUUACCAAUUGUACCUGAAGGUAGAGUCUUAUUUACAUUACGCGGUCCCGAUUGGUAUGAGAAUAUAGAUUUUGAUUUGAAAAUUGUACGAAUUCAAGCAGCAGCUAAUAUUGAAAAGGCAACCGAAAAUCAUUUUUCAACUAGAAAACUUGGCCAUCAGGUUGAGUUAAGCCUAACCAGAGAAUUAGAAGGUCCAACAGACAUUGAGCUAGAGCUUAGUAUGACUGUUUUUAUGAAUGGUCAACCGAGAGGCAAGAGUGUCGCAAAAAUUUUUAUAAUUGUUUCCCAGUAUACAUUUUAAAUAAUAAAUAUAAAAUAAAAUAAAAUAAAAAAAAAAGAAAACU